GCGAUUUCGAUAGUAUUGUUAAUUCGGAAAAAUUGAUUCUUGUAGAAUUUUUUGCACCAUGGUGUGGACACUGCAAAGCCCUUGCUCCUGAAUACGAGAUAGCAGCUACCGCCCUAAAGGCUGAAAAUAUUAAAAUUGCCAAAGUUGAUUGUACAGUUGAAACAGAACUUUGCACAGAACACGGAGUUAGAGGAUAUCCUACCUUGAAAGUUUUCAAAGAAGGCAAACCAGCAGAAUACACUGGCGGUAGAAAAGCUGAUCUUAUUAUAAGUUUCAUGAAAAAACAAUCUUUACCGGCAGUUUCUGAUGUCAAAGUUGAUAAUCUUGAUACCUUUAAAGAUUCAGAUGAUGUUGUAAUCAUUGGAUUCUGGGAUUCUGAAAGUCAAAAUGAACACGAUAUUUUUAAUACAGUUGCUGAGAGUUUGCGUAAUGAAUAUGUAUUUGGUCAAACGGGACAAAAAGAGGCAGCAACCAAGGCUGAAGUCACGGCACCAGCUGUUGUCCUUUAUAAGAAAUUCGAUGAGGGCAAGAAUGAAUUGAAGAGUCCAUUCACAAAAGAGCAAUUGGAAACCUUCAUAAAAGUCAACUCU